AUGAGCGUGAAACGAUUUUUUAAUAUAGUCCAAGCAGAGGACGAUGAUGAGAAAAGAAAAAAAAAAGUUAACGCGAGAAGAGGGGAAGUACCUGGAUUGAAAAAGAAUGAAGAAGCCGCAGAAGUGGCCAACCAAGGGGGGCAGUCACUAGGGGACGAUGUCAAGGCCAACCAGAAGGACAUAAGCGAGAGAUGUGCUGAAGGGGUGGAAGCGAAAAGUGAAGUAAUCCCUGACAAAGGGACACAAAAUGAGAACGUGUGCAAGGGGAAGGAAAAGAACACCACUGAGGUUCCCUCUGACCAGUUAACCAAUGCACUAAAAGCUAAUAGAGUAACCGGGGAGGAAGCCAAUGGUGAUGCGAAGGGUACCAGAUUAGCGGAAAAAGACUCAGAUGAGGCUGCGGCCCCGUCUAACCCUCUGAAGGCAGAGGAAAGAGAUAGCGAAGAAGUAAGCAAGGUGAAAGGAAGGGAUCACUGUAGCCGAGAGGACACGUCCGGAGAGACCCCACAUGGGGUCCUGCAAAAUGGGAGCAGUAAUCCUAACAGGAAUGCCGAUAGACGCACCGUGGAAAGGGGUGCGCCGAAUGAAGCGCCACAAGUAGGAGAAGCAAAGAAGGGGAGAGAACAACAGAUGAGAAGUAACUCAGGAGAGACGACAAAGAAAGCAGAGGAGAAGAGUGCACCGAAGAAUGACACCCGCCUGAGUGGAGGCGACUAUAAGCACCAUCACAAUAAGGAAUCACACGACUGUGUUAACGGGGCGCAGAAGGGGAAGAGCGAGGGCGCGGGAAAUAAAUGUAACCCGCAAGGGGCAUACAAUAAUGCUAAUGGUGGAAGCUGCUUUCCGCAGAACUGGAUUAACUUCAAUGGUUACUACGACAUGUACGGCUGUGGCUACGCCGGUGGGGCGGGCAUGCCCCCUGCCACGACAGUCCCACCGAUGGCGCCCCCAGGAAUGAUCAACAUGGUGAACGCGCCAAACGCGACGUACACAACGUACGCAACCUACACAACAAACACGAACCAUGUAAACUACAACAAUUACUACUACUACCAGUACAAUUACAAUUACUAUGGUAUGUGCCAGGACUACAACCGUGGGAUGGAAAAGGACAUGGGGGGGAAGCCCUAUGAGUUCUCCUCCCUACUGGAAAAAAGCAUCCAACUAAUGAAGAAGAACGAUAAGGUAAAAGAAAUCCUGAAGCGGCCAGCCAAAUUGCAAGUGACCCAAGAGGAGCUGAACAAAGUGGAAUACUUAGAAGGCAAUGACCAGUACAACAUCUGGUUCGGAAAGUACGUGCCGGACAAAUUCGACAAAGGCAGCAGUACUGGCAGUAGCAGUGGUGUACAACGCUUUGUGGCAAGGUUCAAAUGCAAUCCAUCCACCGACUCAGGAUACACAAAGGCAGAUAAGAAUUUGACAAGCAAACAAUUUUUUUGCAUUUAUUUUGCACGCGGUUGUUGUGCUUAUGGGCAUAACUGUCUCUACAGACACAGAAUUCCAAACGAAAAUGAUGAACUACAGUUUGAACAAACCAUCGAUAUUUUUGGACGGGAAAAAUUCAGUACCUUCAAAGAAGACAUGGGUGGGGUAGGGAAUUUUAACAGCGAAUGCAGAACCCUCUUCAUUGGAAGCAUUCACAUCGAUAAUUUCGAGCAAGUUCACUUAAUCGAAAAGAUUUUAUAUGAUGAGUUUAGCAACUUUGGAAACAUUGAAUAUGUAAGGUAUGUGCCUUUUAAAAAUAUUGCCUUUGUUCAAUAUUCGUAUAGAGUCAAUGCGGAGUUUGCCAAAGUAGCCAUGUCGGAUCAGCCUAUUGAAAAUCACUCCACGGCGCUAACCAUCAAGUGGGCUUUCGAGCUGAAGAACACCCCUCAUCACUCCUUUCAGCAUUAUGCCAAUCCGUAUGUGUAUAACCAGAGCCCCUUGGUCUCGUCCACGUGGAAACAAUAUACCCCGCAGCAGUUCAGCUCGCCGCCUCAAUUUGGGGUUCCCCAUCAAUUUGGUCCGCCUCCAUAG